AUGCAGGCCAAUCUAUCACCAAAAAAUGACCACCAAGAAAGAGGCUUGCAACCGAGUGGAUUUCCUUCGGUGCCGAACGAGCCUUGUGAUGCUCGCCGAACAGAAAAGCACAGUUCAGUGAUCCCAGUUAAGACAGGAGAAGACGCUACGUGCAUAUCGCCUCUUCUGCAGCUGGCCUGGGCAAUCGUGAUUGCGGCCUACACGGACUCGAAUGAUGUCGUCUUCGGUCUAUGUGAGAAAUCCAAUCCUUCUGCCAAUCCGAUCUCGCCCAUUCAAAUGAUCAUUCAACCGGAGCAAAAAGUCAAUGAUAUGUUGAAAUUGCUGAGUACUGAAAAUCACGUUGUGUCUCUGCUGUCCGAAUUGGACUUAUCAACGUCUCCUGCUUUCCCGAACAUAUUGGUGAUAAAGAACGACAUGGAAGACUGGACAAGUACCGGCCCGCCAAUGAAACUGAGCGGUGGCCAUUUCGAUACUUGUCCACUGCUAUUGACCGGUGUGGAUCAGCAUACCGAAGUCCAUAUGCAUUUCGAAUUCGAUCCAGAGAUUCUUUCAACGUCACUGUCGCGGAUAGUGAUGGAUCGACUGGUCCAUAUCGUGAAUUGCAUACAGACCGAUCCGGAGACACAACUAAAAGCUCUUCUGGAUAUUUCUCCUAAUGAAUCCAAGCGCGAUCAAUCUUUCAACUCUCGUCUUCAGCGGCGCAGACAGGAGUUGGGUCUACAUGAUGUGAUCACAAAAAGCGAGGAAACCACAAAUUCCCCAUCUGUAUGUGAUUGGGAUGGAAAGUCAGAUCAGUCACAGCUCUCAGAAGUGGCAUGGACGGAGACUAUUGGAGAAAAUGCCUCGAAGGGAGAUGAUACUCCCCCAACAAGCCGCGGUUCAUCAGUUUCACCCCGUGAAAUCUACUUCGAAACGCAUUCCGAAGAGAAGACCAAUCAAGACACCACCGCAGUACCCCUUGAGAACGUAUUGGAGACUUUCCCAUGCACAAAAACACAGCAAUGGGUACUCAACAAUAACGAAGGGGGCUGUUUUGUUUUGGAAUUCUCGGGGCCCUUGGACUCUUCGAGGCUCGAGGAUGCCUGCCAGCGUCUCAUGGAGUCUCACACUGCACUCCGGUCUAUUUUUACACGCCAUGACGGAGAAUUUGUUCAGACUGUGUUGAAGGAAUUCGAUCUUCCAUUUACCGUGCACACCGAUGUCUCUCAGCAUCCGGUUUCGGUUGCUCGGAAUCUGUGUACAGUCAACCCGGGCCAUACUUUUCCGCUGGGUACACUUCCUCUAUGUUUCACACUCAUUGCUGGAUCUCGAGACCAAAAUGCUCUGAUGAUUCAAUUAUCACACUCUCAAUAUGACAGCGUGUGUCCAGAGAUUCUUGUCUCCGAUCUGUGCCAGUUCUAUCAAGACCCAGCAAAAGCUGUCAGUUCGACGGAAUAUGCUCUGUUUGCUCAGGAAGUGGAAAAGCAACAAACCCCCGAGGCAUUUGAUUUCUGGCGCAAUAUUCUUUCGGACUCAAGCAUCACCGAGAUACCAAACACCGCGCCAGAGAUGCAGUCAAAGAACACAAUCUUACGAUGCUCAACCAAGGUCACUAUUCCAUCUUUGCCUAGUGGCAUCAGCAUGGCGAGCAUGGUCAAAGCUGCCUGGUCAACAAUUCUCCGACAAGAGGCAAAAUGCGAUGAUAUUGUUUUCGCCCAGCUUGUCAAUUUACGCAAUAUGAACACGCCGAAUGCACAUCGAACUGUCGGUCUGUGCUCUAACCGGGUGCCCGUUCGAGUGCAGUACGGCCAAUGCAAAACAACGCUAGCACUUCUCCAAGCUGUUGAAGACCAAGAGAAGCAGAUAGCUCCCUUCAAAGCGGCCGAAUGGGAGAGCAUUGUCUCCCACAGCACCUCCUGGGUCGCUGGAUGUAAGCCGCAGAGUUUGGUUAUUCACAAAGAUCUUUCUGCGAAGACGGAAGUUCAAAUCGGAGAUGACCUGCGCUGCCAUUGGGCUGAUUACAUCCCCAUUGAGCCCACGGAUGAUUCAUUGAAGCUGUACUCGGAGGAACUGCAGGGUGGAAUGCUCAAGCUGACAUUGGCAUACUCCAGCCACUUUGUUCCAGAAUGUGGGAUCAACGGCUUGCUGGGGAAGUUGCGCAACACUUUGAUGCAUUUCACUGAUGCCCCCGAAAGUCAGUUGGAAAUUUAA